AUGCCGGCAAUCAAAUAUCCUUGCGUGCAAUGCAAAGAGAAGCAUGUCAAAUGUGAUGAGGAAAAGCCCAAGUGCAAGAGGUGUCAACAGAAAGACUUGCCCUGCUCGCGGCCUACCAAAAAGACCAUUUUCAGACACGGCGCCACAGCACGUUUUGACAAAGACCAGAAAUGGGUCAAUAGCUCUGCACGACAGUUUCGGGUCCAAACCACAGGGGACACUCCUCCGAGCAAUGAAGAUGCCGAGUCGCCCCCAAUCCCCCGAAAGACGGCGGACUUGGGCACGGCGGCUGAUGCCACUUCUAGCCACUCAUCAUCUUAUUCCACCCCGGUCGAGACGCCGCACAGUGCAUCUGAUCAGUUACAAGCGACCAAUCCCCGGAGAACUGAUACGCCGAUGACGCAUCGGCCCAGUAUCCCAUCGAUUUCUUACUUGAAUUCCGCCUUGAGCCCGCCGGUUGGGCUGCCAGGAAUUGCCAGCCUCACCGCGCAACCAGUACAGGAUCACCAAGAUGGCACGGACUUGCGCCAAUUUCCCCUGCAGGACGUCCAAGAAGCCUGCCUGCUCCGUUACUUUAUCGAUGAAAUCUCGCAAUGGUUUGACCUCUGCGAUGAAAACCGACACUUUCAGCUUGUCGUACCACUAAAAGCCAGAAAGCAUACACAUUUACUAAACGCGAUUUUUGCCGUCUCCGCGCGACAUCUAAGCCGCCUACCGCAGUAUAAGACGCCACAGGGCAUCCUAUACCAAGGACAGCUUCUGACCAAACUCGGCAACCACGAUGCGGUGGAGUAUAUGCUCAAGUGUAUUCCCGCAUUCCGCCGCUUCCAUGAAAACGAAGAUGACGAUUUUCGCGAAAGCAUCAUCGCGACAGCAGUCAUUUUACGCCAACUCGAGGAGAUUGACGAGGAAGACGAGGAUCCAGAUGAUGACUAUCACAUGACGGGCGAGGACGAGUACCUGCACGAGAAGCAAAUCAACUUUAUGCCGAUUAUCAACGCAGUGCUCCGCGACCCUGCGUCGCAAGCCAUGUUCGGGCAUCGAAGCCUCAUUCAGGCAGCAUACUGGUUUGCUCUGCGACAGGAAAUCUAUCACUCAUUUACUCGGCGGAAACCCCCCCAGCUAGAUCUCCCAUUGGAGUACUGGCAAGGCGCAUCAAAUGUCAAUAAAACGGUCAUGCAUACAGUGCAAGUAGCCAAAUGGCAUUGGGGGAGGGGCACUGAUGAUGAGUUCUUGCGCCUGAUGGACCAGCAGAGCUUCCUGGAACACACUGUCCUCGCGAAUACAAGGCCUCUGUUGCAAAAGCCAGCGGACAAGCGACAGGGCGAAAUUUUCCCAACAAUAUGGUACACGACGCAUAUCGAGCUCACGAGCAUUCAGCAGUCGCUCAUGGCACGGUCCGUCCUAGUCUCUGAGAACCCGUACCUUAAGCAGCAGGCUUCUUCACGCGCUAGCUGGCGCAAAGUUGAGAACGAGGUACGCCUUCUGAUGCUCGACCUCUGCGGCAUAGCACUGUGCCAUCCCGCCUCCGCCCCGGCGCUAGUCAACGCAGCGAUCGGCAUCCAGCUCUAUGGCGAUUACUUUACGGAUCAGUACGAGCGGCUGGCGCUUCGCAGUGUUGUAGAAAAAUAUCGCGAUGCGCAUGCCUGGCCCGUCCGACGACUACUGGAGAUGUUCACGUAA